AUGGCUGAAGAGGGAUCCGGUGGCUUGGCGCAGUCUGCCGCGGUUAAACUCUCAGAGAUGGGCGAAAGAACUAAACAACUAGGCACUGCUAUAAAAGAUCCCGAACGACAGCGGAGGAUUAUUCUAGUAAUCGUCUGUGUGGCACUUUUGUUAGAUAAUAUGCUUUACAUGGUGAUUGUGCCAAUCGUUCCAGAUUAUUUAGCCCGCCUAGAAAGGGAAUCAAACAACUCCUCCAACAGCACAGAAAACUUCGACGUUCAGAUCGGUGUCCUAUUUGCAUCCAAAGCCAUUUUGCAACUUCUUGUAAAUCCUUUGACGGGCACCUUCAUAGACCGCGUUGGAUACGACAUACCACUUUUAAUUGGACUUUCCAUCAUGUUUGUUUCCACGUGCAUUUUUGCCUUCGCUGAAAACUACGCGACUCUUUUCGUGGCGCGGAGUCUGCAGGGUCUCGGUUCGGCUUUCGCAGACACGUCAGGACUCGCUAUGAUAGCAGACAAGUACACGGAGGAGGCCGAGAGGAGUCGAGCCCUGGGCAUCGCCUUGGCAUUUAUCUCGUUCGGGAGCCUGGCGGCGCCCCCCUUCGGCGGGGUGCUUUACGAGUUCGCAGGGAAGCGCGUCCCAUUUCUCGCCCUCGCCUGUGUCUGUCUAGCCGACGGUAUUUUGUGCAUGACGGUCCUUAAGCCAUUCUCCAGCAGGACCAGGGAAAACAUGCCAGUUGGCACACCCAUUUAUAAACUUAUGAUUGAUCCCUAUAUAGCAGUGGUGGCAGGUGCACUGACCACGUGUAACAUCCCCCUUGCGUUUCUGGAGCCCACCAUCGCGAAUUGGAUGGAGGAGACCAUGGACGCGUCCCAGUGGCAGAUCGGACUUACCUGGUUGCCGGCUUUUUUCCCCCAUAUUUUAGGUGUCUACAUUACUGUAAAACUGGCAGCGCGACACCCACACUUACAAUGGUUUUAUGGCGCUCUUGGCAUGGUUAUAAUAGGUGCCAGCUCCUGCACUGUGCCAGCAUGCAAAAACUUUGAGCAACUUAUAAUCCCCUUGUGCGGCAUCUGCUUUGGCAUUGCGCUGGUGGACACUGCGCUGUUACCCACACUUGCGUUUCUGGUCGAUGUGCGUCAUGUCUCUGUGUAUGGCGGUGUGUACGCCAUUGCGGACAUCUCCUACUGCGUUGCCUAUGCUCUGGGUCCAGUUGUAGCUGGUAAGAUAGUACACGACCUAGGUUUUGUGCAGCUCAACCUGGGCAUGGGCCUCGCCAACGUGCUUUACGCGCCAGCGCUGCUCCUUCUGCGCAACGUGUGCCUCAUGAAGCCGUCUCACUCUGAGAGAAACAUGCUGCUGGAGGAAGGGGCCACAGGCCUCUACGACACUAUCAGACUAGAAGAGUGCCAAGCCAAGAAAAAGAAGAAGGGCUACAGCACAACUGACAACUUUCUGCCGGUGGAUGAAAACGGUAUAUUUGCUGGAAACCCCAGGUCAUACUCUCAAGAGGAAACAUCUGAUCCCGAAUAUGCGUAA